GAGGGAAGCCAUAAUGAACAGUUUUGAACUCCUGCGCGAUGGUUCUUUUUUCGUCUCCAUUUGUCCUCCGAGGAAAAACACCGAAAUGCAUCCGGCCUCGGAUAUCGCCUGUCCACAUGUCCCUUUUCGGACUUUUGCACCCGAGAGACGGAGAUUUUUACUUUACUUCAAAAAGCGAAAAGAACCAUCGCGCAAGUUGUUUCUCGCCGCAGCUGAUCCGCACGUUGGAAUCUGUGGCGGACUUAUUUCUAUCGCUUAUGCCGGAAUGCCUCCUAAAAAUGCCGGCAAAGGUGGAGGGGGCGCGUCUAAGAAAGCGGAGCAGAAGAAGAAGGAGAAAAUAAUCGAGGAUAAGACAUUCGGAAUAAAGAAUAAGAAGGGCGCCAAACAGCAACGCUUCAUCCAGCAGGUACAACAUCAGGUUAAGCAUGGCGGCAAUAAGUCAGCAAGGGAAUUGGAAAAGGAAAAGGAGGUUCAAAUGAAGAAAAAGGAAGACAAGAAGAAGGAACUGGCACAGCUCAAUGAACUUUUUAAACCCGUCCAGCAACUUGCAUCGAAAGGUAGUGACCCCAAAUCCAUCCUGUGUGCAUUCUUCAAGCAGGGCCAGUGUGGAAAGGGAGCUAAAUGUAAAUUUUCUCAUGACCUCCAGGUUGAACGCAAGUCUGAGAAACGCAGUGCUUAUGUUGAUUUGAGAGAUACAGAAGAAUCAGGUGGACCUCUGGACCAAGCUGCCUUGUUAGAAAUGGUAGAGAAGAAACAAGGUAAACUCAAGAAUAGGCCUACAUCCGAAAAGGUUUGCAAACACUUCUUAGAUGCAGUUGAAAACUCAAAAUAUGGCUGGUUCUGGGAAUGUCCCAAUGGUGAUACAUGUGUGUUCCGUCAUGCUUUACCACCAGGCUAUAUCUUAAAGAAGGAUCGAAAGAGAAUGGAGAAGGAAAAGGAAGAAAUCAGUCUAGAAGAGCUGGUGGAUCGUGAACGUGCAGCCUUGGGUCCCAAUACCACCAAAGUCACCUUAGAGACAUUCUUGGCUUGGAAAAAGAGGAAGCUCAAAGAAAAAGAGGAGAAAGAGAAGAAAGAAGCUGACAAGAAGAAAAAAGAUUUCAAUGCUGGCAGAAACCUUGGGCUUUCUGGUCGAGAGAUGUUCACAUUCAACCCAAAUCUUCUGACUGGUGGAGAUGAGAUGGAAGAAGGUGACGAGUCUUUCGAUGUCCAUAAUCUGGGCAAAGAUCCGGAGAAUGAAGAGGAGGAGCGCUUUGAGUUUAAGGAAAUUGACAUGAACUCCUUGAUGUCAGAAUACCAAGAGAUUGACACGACAGCUUCAAUGUCAGUUGCCAAACCAGACAGACUACAGCAGCUGCAGGAUGAAGUGGCUUUAGCUGAAAUAGCUGAAGCCAAUGCUGUUGCAGAAGAAAAUGCAGAGGGUGCCACAGCUGGUGCAGCGGUGGCGGAGGCAUCAGUUGACAUAGAUGAAGAACUCUUUGAUGGAGAUGAUGAGGAUUUAGAUGAUCUAGAAGAGCAAUUGGAGGAAAUGACAGUUACCUAGGUUUAUAGUUUUAAAGCAUGUUGAGUGCAGGGAGUAUGGGCCUUGUGUUAUUGGGUAAAGGAUCUUUCACAUUUGUUAAAGCAACCUUUGGUGUUUUUGGUGUAUCAUUUCCUGUCCUAAGAACUUUUAGUGUUCUUUUAAGAUUAUUAUAUGAAAGAUUUUUUUUUUUCAUUACUGCUAGUACUGUAUUUGAAAUUCAUUGGAAUAUUCUGAUGGAGUGAGGCUUUAUGUAUUCAAGACCCAGCAGCUUUUUUACUUGCUAGUAAAUCCACAGAAUACCCAUUGUUUGUUAAUAACAGCAUGUAAUUGCAGAAAAGGAAGUAAAGUAUUUAUUUAUUUAUUUAUUAUUUUUUAGUAUCUUUAUCUUUAUCUUUAUCUGCUUCAUUUGACCCCUGAAGGCAUCAGAUUUCAUAAUACAGUCCUGCCAAGUCUGUGCAUUCAGAUUUUGUAGAAUUAUGCAUUAUUCACCAAUUAAUAGGGCACACAAUACUCCUAAACUUAAUUGGGAAUGACAUGACAGCUCAGAUAAGAGUUUUUCAAGUUCUG